CAGAUGUGUCGUGUAUACCAACGUCAGUCGGCUAGCGGCAGGCGGCCGGAGCCCUCGAACAUGGCUCCUGUGAGCCGGUCUUACACGCACGCUCUCCUUUGUAGUGAGUGUAACGUUCGGCCGGUAUAAACGGUUCGCGGUUGAAUGUGAUCUCACAUUCCCUGGCCAGUGAGAUGUAACGUUAAUUAUUGGCGGACGUAUUCAUUAGAUAAACUUUUUAAAAACUACUUCCAACUUACGAAAACGGCCUAAAACGUUAAGUUUCGUAUAGGAGCGGACACUCGAUUAGUGCUCAAAUUUAAUUAUGAAGUGAACAAAGAAAGGAUUGUAUCCGGAAAGAGGGGUGGGGGUGACCCUGAUGUAGACAUCUUGGCGAGAAUGGAGCUCGUGGUGACGGCAGCUAGCUCGCUGCUAGGCUUCCUGCUCUACUACAACACCUUGGAUGCAGGAUUCGUUUAUGAUGACAGGCGGGCGAUUCUCUCCAACCCAGACGUCAUCGGGCACACACCUAUAAACGCGUUAUUUGAAAACGAUUUCUGGGGAACACCGCUCACAGACCCUGGCUCUCACGGCUCGUACAGGCCGCUGUGCGUCGCUACAUAUCGACUCAACUAUGCUUUCAGUGGAUUCAAACCGUGGAGUUAUCACUUCCUCAACGUAAUAUUCCACUGCACAGCGACAGCGCUGGUGGUCGUGACGGCUCGUCGCCUCCUGCCAGCAUACUGUAUGAGAGUGGGAACCGCCGUCACUGGCAUCGCAUUCGCUGCACAUCCAAUACACACCGAGGCAGUAGCCGGAGUAGUGGGCCGAGCAGAUCUGGCAGCGUGCAAUUUGUUUCUAUUGAGUUUUCUUCUAUACAGCGAGCACAUACGACUGCGUGAGCAACGACACAAGAAACAAUGUCGGCACAUAGUAAAAGACAAUCUGAUGCGACGACAAAUCACGUCUAACGACCCGCCGUUCAGACUGAGUUGUCAUAGUUUGGUGCAGCACAUAAUGAUGAAUGUUCGUAAGCUGCUAAAGGCGAGUAAAGCGGGGCCUAUGAAGAUGUUGGACGCUUGUGAGGUUAACGGCGCAGUGCGACUUAAGUGUCAGUUCAGUGGUGGUGUCAGUGAGGACUCAGGUGAACUGUUGCAGUGGCUGACGCUGGCGGGGACACUCACGUUCGCCGCGGCCGCCACUCUGUGCAAAGAGCCGGCCAUAAUGGUCCUGCCUCUUUGCAUAUUCUAUGACUUUCUUAAGGGCACUCGCUACGAGGAACCGUACUAUAAGCAUCGAUGGCGGAGCGUUUGCGCGUUGGGGACUGGAGGCUUCGCUCUGUUGUACUGGCGCUUACGACUCGCCGGAGCGCCCACCGCCUUCGCAGCGGCUGAUAACCCCGCGUCGCGAGACCCCUCAAUUCUUACGCGCCUCUAUACUUUUGCUUAUCUCCCCGUCUUCAACUUCUUCCUACUUUUAUACCCUUUUCAUCUGAGCUUCGAUUGGUCGAUGGAUUCGAUACCGAGGAUAACGACGUUGUUUGAUGCCCGGAAUAUCACAACUGCCGUAUUCUACGCUGUCAUUUCAAAAGUGACUUGGCGAACGCUUACGAAUGAAUUCAAAAAGCAUCAAGACAACAUAUUGCGAGAUGCAAAAUAUUACAAAAAACAAAAUUGUAAAAUUAAGCACAAAUGGAAUUAUAGUAGCAAGCCGUAUAAUAGAGGACAAGACUGUUAUGAAAGAAAAAGCUAUCAUGCGCCGCACAAAGAGAAUGUAUCAUCUAAAAAGCUAUUGUGCCCGUGCACUGGCUGCAAACAUUCACUCACUGAUGAGCACACGAGUGUGUGUCGCGCAAGCAACAACAAUAAUAUAACGAUGCACAACUCGAGUUGCAUUUGCCCGAUAUCGUUAACGAAGUCUAAGGCAAGCCCUGUGCAGAGGACGGUUUAUCGCAGUCCCCAAGUUGCGUUGCUGAUGUUCAUGGCGUUUAUGGUACUGCCAUUCGUGCCUGCGACUAAUUUACUUUUCUACGUCGGCUUCGUUGUGGCGGAGCGUGUUUUGUACAUACCAAGUGUUGGUUUCUGUUUAUUACUGGGCCUGGGGGCUGGUGUGUUGACACGGAACUGGCAUCGCGGCGAGACGCGGAGCAGGCUGUUCAUGUUGGCCCUGCUAGUGACCUUGUCCGCCAUGUGCGGCUACACCAUGCGGAGAAAUCUCGACUGGCGCGAUGAAGAAAGUCUCUUCAGAAGCGCGUUGCAUAUCAACCCUCCCAAAGCAUACGGCAACUUGGGCAGUGUGCUGACCACACAGGGCCGGACCGCGGAAGCGGAAGUUGCCUUUGAGAGGGCGCUCAAGUACCGCCCGAAUAUGGCAGACGUGCAUUAUAAUUUGGGAAUAUUGCUACAAAACCAAAGACGUUACAGCGAUGCUAUCAAAAGUUUCGAGAGAGCAAUUUACUUUAGACCUUCAAUGGCUCUUGCGUACGUGAAUCUUGGGACAUCGCUAAUGGCGGACGGGCGUUUAGCUGAAGCAGCGAGUGCGCUCCGUGCUGGAUCCCGGGCCGAAGGGGUGCGUGUCCGCGACCGGAGAGAACACGACGCUGCACGAGUGUCAGCCCUAGUACAGCUUGCAGCGUUACACUCACAACGAGGGCACUGGCAUAAAGCGCUGUCAGCAUAUAAAGAAGCGCUGCAAAUACUGCCAGAUACAAAUACACCGAUCGUUGGCUGGACACGGCAUAGUGUCCUUUCAAUGGUGGGCGAGAUUUAUGUGCAGCUACAACAAUGGCCGAUGGCCGAGCACAGUUUAGUAUCGGCACUGGCCGCAGCGCCGCAUCACGCUGGUACUCACGUCACGUUAGCUCAAAUACUCGCCAGAAAUGCAAGUAGAAGUAUUGAAGCUGAAAUGUGGUUUAAAAAAGCACUCACUUUAGCACCUAACGAUCCGUCAGUAAGAGAUCAGUUCGGUAUGUUCCUGAGAUCACAACGUCGUCUCCGGGAAUCAGCAGAGCAGUUAGUAGCAGCAGCUCAGUUGUCACCAACAGACAGUGCGCGCGCGGCGUCGGCUGCGCGGGCGCUGAGGGAUGCGCGACGUUGCCGCUCUGCCGAGAGGUGGUAUGCGCGCGCUGUACAGUUAAAUCCUGAUGACGCUGAGUAUCAUUCGAAUCUUGGUGCCAUUCUCCACCUCAACGGGAAGUACGCGGCAGCAGCGACCUCUUACCGGCGAGCGCUGCAACUACAACCCAACGAUGACAUUACCAUCACUAACCUCAAAAGAGUCAGAGCAUUAAUGAGCAAACAACGCAGAAAAUAAUCGAAACAGGCCUCUAGUACUUCGACACAUCAUAUAGACGAAAUAGGAUGUCAAUUGCCAAAAGUAUUGUUAGAUACUCAGUACAUUUUGUUUAUGCGUUUGUACAUAAGCCAUAAAUGUUUAUUUAUUCCUACCUACUAGGCUUUUGCCUGUGCUUGUAAAGUUAUGAAGACCAAACCCUGGUAGUGUAACUGCCUACCCCACAGCAAACAAUCAUCAUAGCAGGUAAGUUCGAAUUCUCAUCACAAAACAGUGUAAAUUGAUUAAAUCGAAUUUUCACACUUCGUCGACGUACCAACUGAUGACAGUUUCCUUCAGACAUGAUAGUCAUUAAGUAUUAAAAUUUAAAUCGUACGAGUAUAUCAUUAUCGUAAAAGGAACGUAUGUACCUUGAAUUAUUCAAUUAUAUCUGUAAUUAUAGGUUUCCAAGCACAACGGUGAAUUCUAAAGUGAAAAACUUCAAUUAACUAUUUUGUUUAAAGUGAUACUAAAUAGUGAAGCGACACGUCGUGAUAAUAAAUACAAAGAAAAUAAUUUUAUUUUAAAUAAAUGAUCAUGUUUUGUCUGCCUGUACGAUAUAUUGUUGUGCGUUUCAAACAUGAUUAAUUCUUAAUUUAUAGUUUUCUAAUAACCUGUGGUUGCAAACGAAUACACUGAAGGGUCUUAAGACAACGUUAUAAGAGUAGUUAGAAAUGAUUGUAAAUAGACUUUUGAAAUAAACAAUUUUAUACGUGUGCAAAUAUAAAUCUAUGAAAAGUUAAUUCCCAUUAUUUCAAUGGAAAAUAAUGGUAUUCUAUUGUUAUUAUUUUCGUCUUCCAUUAUAUUUUAAAUGUACUGUACCUUGUGGAAUGCCGGACCUAAACAAUGGAUGCGAAGUGAAAGGCUAGUGUGUAACUAUGUAUCAUAUAAUAUAAAAUAUUUUUUUGAUGGUUGAUUGCUAGGUUCAAAGAAAAAAACAGGGUGCAUGUUGCAGAACUGAGCCUAUGAGAUAUUAAUUGUUCAAACCGGACCGAAAGCCAAUACGUUACUGGAAGCCCUCGGUAUUGCCUUCUAAUUGUGUUGCGGCUUCAAUUCAUCGACAGGGACCGAUCGCCUUCGGACGGCCUGCCUACCCCUUAAUCCCUUCUAUUAUCUAUAACGUAUAAAUUAUAGGCGCCCGGCCAUAGUCCAACCAAUUAUGGACAUGUUAAGUAGCAUUUUCCCUUUAAACCGUGUACUGAUUUAUAAUGUAGGAACGAGAAAGGAAUUGUUUUAUUGAAUCUUUGUAGAUAGGAAAAUUUUAGGGUUUAAUGAAAGGAUUUAUAUUUCAAAAUUUAUUAAUGUCCUUUUCAGGAUUAUAAUUCCAUUUUGUUAAUACGGAAUAUUUGAUAAGGGAUUCGUAAUAUUGCUGGUGUACGUUGAAAGAGCUUGGAUUCAGAAAAUGGCUACAAAAUAUGUUGCUUGAUUCAAAUUGUAUAUGAGCCACAUUACUUGCAGCCUCGCUUCCAAAGAUUAUUCGCGUCGCGAAUUCUCGGUUGAAUUGUCAUGUAACAUUCAUAAGUUACUGACGGCUUGCAUUUAGAACGUGAUAGGAAUUGGAUAAUCGUGUUACGUUAUAAAUCAGUACGCCGCUGACGAAAUAUCCUGGACAAAAUAUAUUGUGGACUAUUCUGAAAAUACACAUGCUGCACAAAAAUAAAUAUUAUUUCUAUUCUCAAAGUUUACUGAAGAAACAACUGUUAAUCUGUCUAUACAUGUUAUAGGUAAACUGAUUAAACGAAAACCAAAUAUUCGAUUAACAUUUGUGAGAAGCACUUUGGUUAGUCACGUGUUUAUUUCAAUAAUUUAUCGUGAUUAAAUGGUAAAUUUUUGAUCAAUUAAUUGUGUUACGAAGUCUGAAACAUAUCUAUGUCGUGUUUGUAUAGAUAUACAACCAGACAUAAUUGUUAUUACGUAUAAAAAUGAUAAUUAAAAAAAAAUGUAAAUAAAAAAAUAUUUAAGUCGCAUAAUUGAUAGCCGUAUAACGAUAAAAAUGGUUUUUACAUUUCUAAUUAUUAUUUUUUGUCGAUCUAUUUCUCACACCUGUGACAAUAAAUGUAAAUUACGCUUUGUAGUCAUAGAUAAAUGCCAAAUCAAAUGAUUUCAGUUACUUGGGCAAAUAUUUUAAUUAAAUAUUGAUUCCAAUGAAAUUAAAUACUUUAGAGGACAUUUUUUAAUCUGAUUACAUUGGUAUUAACGUAAAAAGUUUCUUGUAUAUAUUAGAAUUUUGGUAGAAGCUUUCGCGAAUACACCAAUACAGACUUUAAAAGAUACAUCCACUAAAGUAUUUUAAUUUCAUUGGGAUUUAAAUAUCUUUCACGAGUUACGUGAUUGUGUGUAUAGACCAGGCCUAAAAUAACUUAAAAGUGAUAAAUAUUAGAAUUUUUUAAUGAAGGUUAUUGUAAAAAUACUCUUAGUAAACCCCAAAGCUCGCCUCGUCUUUAUAAAUACAAUCACGUUAAAAAUGUGUUAAAUAAUUUAAUUAUUUUUAAUUUAAAUAUAAUUCAUUGUUAUAUUGAAGAUGAAUAAUACAUAAAUUAUUGUGAAUUAACUAUUAAUUACCUAUUGCAGAAUUGUGUACGCUUCUUGACAAUUUAUAGCAUUUUGCAAUAAUAUGGAAACUUUUCCUUCUUUCUCUAUGUAUGCGCCCACUGUGAUCUUUAAAAAAAUAUGUUAUUUCAUUUUUAUAAAUAGGAAACUCUUUACACUGUUCUCUAACGAGCUUCUUGUUCACUAUUUUCUUAUCAAGUAUUUCUAAGAAAAUUUAUUUUUAACUUCAAGUAAGGAAAAUAAAUUCCAAUUGCUGUGUUUACCUACAAACCACUUAGGUAUUUGAAAAGUAAUCAAAUCUGAACUAAGUUAAUAAUUUGCUUUACUAUAAUUUUAGACUUGUAUUAAGUUUAAAAAAAACUAUCUUUGAAAGCUACCUUGUACCUUCUUUGAAUAAAAAUAAUAAAAUUGAUUAGUAUAAUUAAAAUUGUUGUUCGAUGAGUGUGGGCGCAACAAUCUGAUUAUAAAAGUACUGGAAAACAUUUUUUACAUUAUUAAUAUAAUUUCCAUGAUAGUAAUUAGAUAUUAUUACAAUUAUUGUACUUCCAAUAAUCGAUACAUGAACAUUUCGUAAGAUUACACCUACUAUAAUAGUAGGCCAUACUGUAAGUAACAAUUGAGGAAUUGUAAUCACUAUUGUUUUUAUUAAAAUAGUAAUAAAUAGUUAUGUAUAUUUAUGGCGUUAUGCAAGUAAACCUGCAAAUUCCCAAAGUGAUAUUAUAUGUUGGUAAUUUUGUAAAUAAAAGCUUCAAUAUUUUA